AUGGUGCCACCGAGGCCGUUUCCGUUUCCUAUGCAAAUAGGUACGGACAUAUGUCAAAUUUCCCGCAUCUACCGGAUCCUGGCCAGCGACAAGGGGGCGAGGUUUCUCAAGCGCGUCUUGACCCAUAAUGAGCGCCUCUCGGUCCCUGCCGAUCUGCUGUCGGCUGAUGCAUCAAAGACCGCGUCCAAGAUCACCAAAAACGAUGGUUUCCAGUCAUUGAAGGAGCGCAAUCCGUUGUUGUGGAAGAAGGCGAGCUUUGUAGCUGGCAGAUUCGCAGCCAAGGAAGCGACCUUCAAAGCCCACCCCUCUAGAAACCUCUCCUGGCACGACAUCACCAUCAUUCGAAGAAGGUUCGAGCAGCUGAGGAAUAUUGAGGAGCUGAAGCAGGUCAGGAAGCAAAAGGAGGAAGAGAAGGAGCAAGAGAAGGAGCAAGAGAAGGAGGAGAAGGAGGAGAAGGAGGAGAAGGAGGAGAAGGAGGAGAAGGGGGAGAAGCUGGAAGAAGAAGUGGAGGGCAAAGAGAACGAUAGUUCCCCCGAAGACCCCAAUGGCAGCGGCCCGCCCGUCGCCAUCGUGCGCGGGAUACGUGAAGGCGAGCCCGGGCAGGAGGUGCUCGUCUCCAUCAGCCACGACGGGGACUACGCCACGGCCGUGUGUCUGGGCUUCGACGUGCGCCGCCCCGGCCGCCGUCCGCGGGCUGAGGAGGAGACGAAGGAGAGGAAGAUGAGGUCGGAGGAGAGCUAUGAUCAGUUUAAAAAGAGGAAGAUGCAGGGUAUCGAGAGUAGCUGGAAGAAGAAGGUGCAGAACAAGGAGCAGAACAAGGAGCAGAAGAAGGAGCAGAAGAAGGAGCAAAAGAAGGAGCAAAAGAAGGAGAAGGAGGCGGGGGAGGCAAAAGCCAAGGCUGACGAUGGGAAGGAUGGUAUUGCAAACGAAAUCAAGGACGGAGCGAAUUGA